CGGCGAGAUGCGGCCCCGCGGCGCCUGCGCGCUCUUCCUGCUGCUGCCGCUGCUCGUCGCCAGCCCCGCGCAGCUCGGCGCCCAGGAAGAACACCCUCACUGAAAGGAUGAGUGUCAGGGGAGCUGUUGACUAAUGCUAUUAAAGGCACAGCAAGUCUGCAGGUGAAUUUGGCAACUGGAUGGAAGUCAGCUGAGCAGCACGCAGGGGAAAGAAUCAGAACCAUCCAUGCCACCCCCGCCCCAGCAUGGGAAGUGCUGGCGGGAUGAUGUCUGUUGCUACUUGUCUCUCUGGUUCAGGCCUUCUCCGCAAACACUGCCGUUGGUGUCCAGAUGAACCAAGUGCCCAUCCUUUGACGAGUCUGGUGACAGAAAUGAACUGUGUCAACAAGCAGCAGCUCCUCACGUCCAUCCGCCAGUUGCAGCAGCUGCUCAAGGCCCAGGAGACGCGCUUCGCCGAGGGCGUCCGCAGCAUGAGGAGCCGGCUGGCCGCUCUGCAGGGCUCCGUGAGCAGAGUGGGCCCAGACGCCUCCCCAGUGUCCUGUCCUGCUCUGAAGGCCCCUCUGGAUGGCAGGAAGUUCGGAAGCAAGUACUUAGUGGAUCAUGAAGUCCACUUCACCUGCAACCCCGGGUUCCGGCUGGUUGGGCCCAGCAGCGUGGUGUGUCUCCACAACGGCACAUGGACGGGGGCAGAGCCCCACUGCACAGACAUCAGCGAGUGCUCCAGUCAGCUCUGUCAGAAUGGUGGGACAUGUGUAGAAGGAGUCAACCAGUACAAAUGCAUUUGUCCCCCAGGAAGGACUGGGAGCCGCUGUCAGCAGCAGGCCCAGACUGCCGCCCCCGAGCGAGUGGUGGGCGACCCUGCCUUUAGCCGCGCGCCCCGCUGCGCGCAGGUGGAAAGGACACGGCAGUGCAGCUGCGAGGCCGGCUUCCAGCUCAGCGGUGUGGCUGGCGACAGUGUCUGCCAGGAUGUGAAUGAGUGUGAGCUCUACGGGCAGGAGGCACGCCCCCGGCUCUGCAUGCACGCCUGUGUGAACACGCCCGGUUCCUACCGCUGUGCUUGCCCCAGCGGGUACCGGACCCUGCAGGAUGGGAAGAGCUGUGAGGAUGUGGACGAGUGUGUGAGCCCACAGCACCUGUGUCCCCGGGGGACCACGUGCGUCAACACCGGUGGAAGCUUCCAGUGCGUCAGCCCCGCAUGCCCCGAGGCCAGCAGCAACGUCAGCUACGUGAAGACGUCCCCCUUGAGGGGACACCUGGGCCUCUUCCUGUCCAGACUGGACCUUCUGGGAUAUGUGACUAAGAAAGAAAACACAGGCAACUGGGAUUGCUCCCCCCGUGAGAAUCUGGCCUGGCCCCUGGGACAUUGGGCUCAGCUGCCAUGUCUCCAACAAUAGGACCAGGACCUGCAAAUCUGCUUUACUGGGUUGAUACAGGACUUUAUUAAAACUGUGUUUCCAAAUGGUGCUGUUUUGGACCACCCAGUCCCUUGUGAAGAACACCCAAUGGGAGAGUGCAGGGGCCUGACCAUGUUCCUGAAAUUAAGAUAUCACAACAGGUUGCUUGUUCCUCCUUCCUGCUGGGGACAGAGGUGGCCCCCAGGAACAAUCCUCUCACCUCAAGCAGGUGAGGAGGACAGGUAUGAGGAGGUGUGCAGAACAGGUGCUCCACCUCACCUGGAGUGUGACGAUGAUGUGUAUGCUGCAUAGGCCCCAUCUAAAGCAGUGGCUUGUUCACCCAGACCUGCCAUCACAGCACUACACAGGAAUGCCGGGCUGCUUGGGCCCCUCCUGUGGAUCGUUCCUGUGGAAGCAACCAGCUCCAAUGUGUGCCAGGUCAGAGUAGCUGGUAGUCCCAGGUAUUAAUGUGCACCCUUCUCUAGGAGACACGGUGUCACAGGAUUUGGCAGGGGCUUUUAAAGCAUUUUAUCAUGCAUGUGGCAAACUCAUACAGAAGCAGGGAGACUGGUAUCAGGAGCCCAUGUUCGAUCAUGGCCAGUCUUGCUCCAUCUCUCCUGUCACCUCACCCUGGACGACCUUGAAGGUCCUGGAUAUCACAUCAUUUCAUCUGUAAAUAUUUCAGCCUGUAUCUUUAAAUCAUAAGGUCUUUUAAAACCUAACCUCAAUACCAAAGGCACCUAUAAAAAUAGCAACAGUUCCUAAUCCCUUCAAGCAUUCAGUCAUUGUUCACAUUUCUGAGUGGCUCGUGACUUUCUGCCUGUUGGUCUGAAUUAGGCCCAGGCUCUGUGAUUUGUCCAUAUGCCUCUCAAGCCUCCUUUGACCUGUAACACUGCUUCUCACACUUCAGCCCUAGAUGGGAGAGCCUGGCGGCUUGUUAGGAGACAGGCUUCUGGGUCAUUGGCCCUGCAAAAUUUCUCAGCAUCUGGGCUUUCCUGAAUGCGCAUCUGUCAUGUCUUUUACCACUUCUUCCGUCCUCUCUGUUUCUCAUGCUAACAGUUAUAUCUGGAAAUUCGAUUGGAGUCCAGUUAGGUUUAUUUCUGCAAGACCUCCUACAUGUAGGUACUAGGUCUUCCCAGUGGGAGCCGUGGGCUCUCGCCUCUUUUCUGAGCAGCCUCUGAUGACUAUGGUGGAUACAGCCAUGACCCUUUCAGGGGUUGCAAGUAACAUUCCAGUGCAGGUGUUUCUUCUGUGCUUAUUAGCUGGUGUUCUCCAUAAAGAGAAACCUCCUCUCAUCAAUUGUUUUGUUUGCCUGAGAUCUUGUCUGUAUAGGAAAGGCAGGGGAAACCCUUGGCUGUUCCCCGUUGCAGUCUCCAGUGGGAGUCGUUUGGGUCACUGAGUACACGAUGAACUCUCGGUUUGGACACACUUGAUAUGUAUGUUCCAGACCAUCCCAGUUAGGUCUCACGGCUGCCCAGAUGGACCUACCUGUCUUUGGCACUUGGGAACUGCUUCAAGGUGGCUGAGUCCUUUUGACAUGGUCCCCAGGGCCUUGGGCAGCUUCGUAGUUGUCUUUACUACGAAAUGUUUCAAACUCAUCUCGUAUGUUUUUUGCCCCAGGAUGUGGUCACCCAUUUAUCCUGGGGAUCCUUGGUUCCUGUAAUCGGACUUCAAAACCUUGGUGCUAGGGGUACCCGUCGGUCGUGAUUUGCUCAUUGUUUCUUGGUUUUAGUGGACAGAGCUUGGAAAUAUAUACUAUUAGCUUCUGGGUUUUUGUUGUUGUUGUUGUUUGUUU